UUGUGACAAACAUGGCAGCGCGCAUGUGAAUGUCAUGCCAUCGGUUAAUACACUACCUGAAUGAGUUCAUGUCUGUGUGCGAUUGCUGAUACGUAAAAAGUGACAUGUAAAUUACAUCUUGCGGGACUGUGCCUUCGUUCACCACAGACAGCAAAGAGACGAGAAGACCCUAAUUUAGCUGAUUCAUUAGCUGACCGGCUCUCAUGUUAGCAUUUUAGCUAACCAGUCGACCACUGAAUCGCGAUGGAUGCUGACCAACAACUGAGAAAUCUGCGGGAUUUCCUUCUGGUUUACAACCGCAUGACUGAAAUCUGCUUCCAACGAUGCACCAGCAACUUCAACUACAGAAACCUUACCAUGGACGAGGAGCGCUGUGUGGACAGCUGUGCAGGGAAGCUGAUUCGCUCUAACCACCGCCUGAUGGGCACCUAUGUGCAUCUGAUGCCUCGGAUGGUGCAGCGCCGGAUGGAGGAGAUGGAGAGCAAGGCUGCGGAGAAUGCCAAGGCAGCAGAGGCCGCUGCCUCUGCAUCUAAGGAGUCUCCUGCAACAGAUGCGUCAUCCCCACCACCCCCACAAACACCUGCACUGUUACCCUCUUUAGGGACUGAUGCUGGACCAGAGGCCCAUGGCUCAGUCUUAAAGCCAGCAGGAUUAGAAAUGCCAGUUGAGUUUGAUGUUUCUGCGUCCAAAUUCACAACAGCCACAGAAAAAUUAUCAGCUGCCACACCACUCACACCUGCAACUGAAGCAGUAAGUCCUUCAGUACUUAGUAAAGCUGGCAAUGGACCAUUCUCUACAGCAGGCUUUUCACAGCCUCCCAUAGCUGGGGUCCAAACUGAACCUGGGGGCUCAGUGCCUGUGCUUAUUCCAUCCAAACCAACCUCCUUAUUGGAAGAUGUGCCUGUGUCAACAGUCGCUGCACCUACAGUGUCAAAAUCCACAGAGAGCCUGCCAGGCCGAGAGAGAGCUCCAGAGGUCCCCCCUCCGUCAGGCCAGUAAUGAUACGUAGUCUAGGUCUGUUCUCACAUGGUCAAACUGUUAGUGAUAUGCUCCAGGCUUCCGCCACAGACAGCCCAAAUCUGAUGAGUAACUCAUCACUGGCUGUCCCAAAUGUGAUGUUCCCUGUAUCGCUGAAAAGAAUAGGUGAUUAAUAGAUUGACAUAAAUUAUAGUAUAGGAACAUAACUUUUCAAUUAUGAUAUCAUCAUAUAAUAUAACCUUUUAUGGCUUCUCUCUUUCCAAGGUGAGCAGUUUCUGCUUUUCUCGGUUUACAUAUUGUAAUUUAAAGUCUUUGAUGUUUUCACUAUUUGUUUUAUAAAGUUAGCAAUCUGAAGACCUCACUUUAGACUCUGUUAAUUUGCAAAUUCCAGGUGUUUAACCCAAUGUUGUUUUGUGAUGAGACGCAGAAGCAAGAAAGAAUAGUUGUAUUGGUGUGUCUGUGCAGUGGUGGUGAUAUUACCAGCCAGAGCUCCACAGUGAUGCAUCUCCAGUCUGCAGUCCUGGAUUGCGCAGGGCCUGGUCACAUCUGGACUUUAGUGUGGACUUUGAAAAGCCUGGGCACUCCAGUCUGACGAUUUCCCAAUAAGUCCUAAUAAUUGUUUUGAAAGAUGACACAGCAACAAUGAUAAUUAUCAGUAAUAAAAAGAAGAGUAUUUAUUACUUUUGUCAUAUUUUCGUCAUUUUAAAUUCUCCAUUGACAACAUGUUGUAUUUGUUGUUUGCAAACAUUAAAAGCCAUCCUGCUGCCGGAUGUCCCAACUCAGCAGAGGGUUGGGGCGUAUGCCA